GGGACAGGGACAGGCAGUGCAGAGGCUUAUGGGGAGGCAGGCAGGAGCCGCUUUGGCAAGGAGAUCCUGCUGCUUCGGCAACACCACUGCUCCUUCAGAAGGCAAUGGACACCCAGCCACACUUCAGCUAUUUUAGAAGUGGUCAGUUUCUGAAUUGCUGGCACACUUGGAGGACACUGUCUCUUCAAUGGUCAUUCUGACCCUUCAAGAUUCUGAGCAGAGCACGGGUUCAGACUCGGAGGUGCUGGCUGAGCGGACUUCCUGCUCCUUUGACACGCACGCUGACCUGGGCCCGGGUGCUGCAGGCGCCGUGCCUGCUGCCAUGGCUUCCAUGGAGGAGAUCCAGGUGGAGCUGCAGUGCGCUGACCUCUGGAAGCGGUUCCAUGACAUUGGGACUGAGAUGAUCAUCACCAAAGCGGGCAGGAGGAUGUUUCCUGCCAUGAGAGUGAAAAUCACUGGUCUGGAUCCACACCAGCAGUACUACAUAGCAAUGGACAUUGUGCCUGUGGACAAUAAAAGAUACAGAUACGUGUAUCAUAGCUCCAAGUGGAUGGUGGCUGGCAACGCUGAUUCCCCUGUGCCACCAAGAGUUUAUAUACACCCUGAUUCUCUAGCUUCCGGAGACACUUGGAUGAGACAGGUGGUCAGUUUCGACAAACUCAAGCUGACCAACAAUGAACUGGAUGAUCAAGGACAUAUCAUUCUGCACUCCAUGCACAAAUACCAGCCUCGAGUUCAUGUGAUUCGCAAGGAUUUCAGCAGCGACCUUUCACCCACAAAACCUGUUCCUGUUGGGGAUGGAGUGAAAACGUUCAACUUUCCUGAGACUGUGUUCACCACGGUCACAGCCUAUCAGAACCAGCAGAUCACCAGAUUAAAAAUUGACCGAAACCCUUUUGCUAAAGGAUUCAGAGAUUCUGGAAGAAACAGAACCGGACUGGAAGCCAUCAUGGAGACUUAUGCGUUCUGGAGACCCCCUGUACGCACACUCACCUUUGAGGAUUUCACCACCAUGCAAAAGCAGCAAGCCUCAAAGAAAGCCACUCAAGGACACAUAAUGAAUCAGCACUUCUCAGGGACAGAUGCCAUCGAGUUCUACGAGAGGGGUGCCUGGCUCAUGGAACCAAGGGGCAGCACAGGCACUUCCCCGACCACCUCCAGCACUGGCACACCAUCCCCUUCAGCUUCUUCUCAUAUUUUAUCUCCAUCCUGUUCUCCUCCAACUUUUCAUCUGGCCCCCAACACUUUCAAUGUGGGCUGCCGAGAGAGCCAGCUGUGCAAUCUGAACCUCUCUGAUUACCCGCCCUGUGCCCGAAGCAACAUGGCUGCCUUGCAGAGCUACCCAGGGCUGAGUGACAGUGGCUACAACAGGCUGCAGAGUGGCGCUGCUGCAGCCACUCAGCCCUCCGAAACCUUCAUGCCUCAGAGGACUCCAUCCCUGAUCUCAGGAAUACCAACUCCUCCCUCGUUGCCUAGCAACAGCAAGAUGGAAGCCUACGGUGGCCAGCUGGGGUCGUUCCCCACUUCCCAGUUUCAGUAUGUCAUGCAGGCAGGCAAUGCGGCCUCCACCUCCUCCUCGCCACACAUGUUUGGGGGCGGCCACAUGCAGCAGAGCUCCUACAAUGCCUUCUCUCUCCACAACCCUUACAAUCUGUACGGAUACAACUUCCCCGCUUCCCCGAGGCUGGCUGCCAGCCCAGAGAAACUGAGCGCCUCGCAAAGCACUUUACUCUGUUCUUCGCCUUCCAAUGGGGCCUUCGGAGAGAGGCAGUACCUGCCCACGGGGAUGGAGCACAGCAUGCACAUGAUCAGCCCUUCGCCCAACAACCAGCAAGGGGCUAACACCUGUGACGGCCGGCAGUAUGGGGCGGUCCCAGGCUCCUCCUCCCAGAUGUCGGUACACAUGGUUUAAAGGCCAGUCCAAACACCAGCCAAGGCCCCAGAGUCUCCAUGGGCACCUCCUCCUCUUUAGGAGCCCAAGGCCCUUGAAACACAGGAACUGCAUAUAUAUUUUUUUUUCUGGAGGAGGAAAGCAUAUGCCCAAGAACAAGAGACAUUGAAGCCACUGAAGUACACUCAUGAUGGAAUCAUCCUCAACCCAGUGGCCAUGCUCCUGCCUUCCCAAAGCUUAGUUUUAUAAAGCAUCGUCUACUCCAGAGUGUUCUUUGAAGAAACUGAAUAAUCAUUUUAUAAUAAUGUUAAGGGAGAUGCUAGUGUCUUGCAGCCAUGAAGUUAGCCACACACACAUACAGAAUGACCCAUACAUACCUACAUGCAUGCAUACACACAUAUGUUCACACAGACUCAUACACACAUACAUAUACAUGCACAUAGACUCAGAACUGGGUGAACUCUGUGGAGGGAGGCCCGCAAUGGGUAUUUUCGCCGAGAAUUGUCUGUGUAUGACACUAGAUGGACCCGGCCGGCAGUACUGCCCACCUUUCUCCCCUGCAGCUGUCUCUGUUUCUGGAAUGAACCAUGUAUCCUGGAACCCCUUCCCAUCGAUGAAGGUGGGAAGACAUCAGAACUACAGCUGGACUUGGCUUCUUGAAGAAAUUUGUUUUUAAACUUUGGUUGUCUUCAGUCAGUGUGAUGUUCCCAGUGGUGCCGUGAAAAGAUGGAGAGAGAGAAAGAGAAAGAAUAGAGGGCAAGAGAGAGGCCGAGAGCAAGACUGACAGAGGAAGUGCGAGCAGUGAUGAGAGUUUCAAUUCACCAAGGAAUUGGUUUUGGUUUGUUUCCCCAGCCCCCCUACAGGUUAUAGAAGGAAUCAUGGUGUUGUUGAGGAGUGAGCUUCUCUGGGACACUGUGCCUGGUCAAGGGCAGUGGUGAGAGGGACCGUGCAAGGAAUGAGUCUUGAUCCCACAGCUCUGACCAUUGUGAUCCAGAAGAGGGUGCACCACGUGGGAAGUGUGGAUUCUGGAGCAUGUAGCCUGGUGUGAGAAGGGACGUAGGGGGAGUGUGAAGAUGGAAAAGUGUUAUGACCCUGGCAGAUGGAACCAAGUGCAGAGGUGACAAAAGAAGCCUGGCCUUCACAAGUCAGAUGCAGACACCUGGCAGGAGAGAUCCUGUCAUGUCCCAGGGAAUUGCAGUUGGGCCUUCUACAUCCUUCUACCUGCCCUCAGAUCUCCAUUUUUAUCAAAUAGUUCAUUGCAUUUUGAUGUUUUGGGUUUUUGCCUUCAUCUUUCCCUUCCCCUUCAAAUCCUUUAAUGAUAAGAAAAACAAGUGGGGUUUGGUGCAAGCUCAACCUUUUAAAUGGUGUGGAAAUGCAAAUAAUACCAAGUAAAAUAAUACAGAUAUUAUUAAGAUUUUUGGUUUUGAGGUGUUGUAGAUAAGUGUAUUUAUGUGCCUAGUGGGGAAUUCAAUAUUAUGAAUAUUAAAAAAGGGGGCAAUAAAAAGGGUAUGUAAAAUAUGUAUGAAGAAGAGGUGUAUAAAAAUUUGCCCUAAUGCACGGAACUCUGUUUCUAAGUGCCAAGCACACAAAGCCGCUAAAUAAAAUCUUUGCCAUUGUU